AUGGUGAGGAAGCGGAUUGAUUGUCUUGUAGCUUCUAUCGUGUCGAGUAUCUACAGCUCCUACGCGCACGGGCCAAUAGGCGGUGACAACGCCUCUGCCAGUGCCCGUGUCGACCAAUCAGUGUCGCGGAUCAAAAGAGAAGUCUAUAUUUAA